AUGAAAAACCUCCUCCCAUGUGCGAGGUGCUGGGAGCGGGGUGGAGUCUGCCCAGUCCCCGCCUGUCCCUCCCCUGCUCCUGGUCCUGCCCCUGGUCCUGGUCCUGGUCCUGCCUGUGGAUACCUCAGCUCCAGAGCCGAGAUUAUCUUCGGAACCAUAUUUUCCUCGCUGUUUGAGGAUAAAAGCAGAAUGGGAGUGUACGAAGAGAAGAAGGAGACAUGUGGAACCAUCUGCCUCAAAUAUCUCCUGAUCACCUUUAACUUUUUAUUCUGGCUGGCGGGGGGCGUGGUGAUGGCGGUGGGCAUCUGGACCCUGCUGGAGAAGAGCGACUACAUCAGCCUGCUGCCCUCCAAGACCUACGCGGCCUCGGCCUACAUCCUGGUCCUGGCCGGAGCCAUCGUCAUGGUAACGGGGGUGCUGGGCUGCUGCGCCACCUUCAAGGAGCAGAGGAGGCUUCUGCGGGUGUACUUUGUCCUGCUCUUGUGCAUCUUCCUCCUGGAGGUUCUGGCUGGAGUCCUGGCUUACAUCUACUACCAACAGUUGAACGAGGAGCUGAAGCUGAGUCUGAGAGACACCAUGAUCCAGAAAUACCAGAAGAGCAACCAGGAGCACGUGACCAGAGCAGUGGACAAGCUGCAGCAGGAGCGCCUCCUCAGGCAUGUCCUCAGUCUCACAGCGCCUCCUCAGGCAUGUCCUCAGUGUCACAGCGCCUCCUCAGGCAUGUCCUCAGUCUCACAGCGCCUCCUCAGGCAUGUCCUCAGUCUCACAGCGCCUCCUCAGGCAUGUCCUCAGUGUCACAGCGCCUCCUCAGGCAUGUCCUCAGUCUCACAGCGCCUCCUCAGGCAUGUCCUCAGUCUCACAGCGCCUCCUCAGGCAUGUCCUCAGUCUCACAGCGCCUCCUCAGGCAUGUCCUCAGUCUCACAGCGCCUCCUCAGGCAUGUCCUCAGUGUCACAGCGCCUCCUCAGGCAUGUCCUCAGUCUCACAGCGCCUCCUCAGGCAUGUCCUCAGUGUCACAGCGCCUCCUCAGGCAUGUCCUCAGUGUCACAGCGCCUCCUCAGGCAUGUCCUCAGUGUCACAGCGCCUCCUCAGGCAUGUCCUCAGUCUCACAGCGCCUCCUCAGGCAUGUCCUCAGUCUCACAGCGCCUCCUCAGGCAUGUCCUCAGUGUCACAGCGCCUCCUCAGGCAUGUCCUCAGUCUCACAGCGCCUCCUCAGGCAUGUCCUCAGUCUCACAGCGCCUCCUCAGGCAUGUCCUCAGUCUCACAGCGCCUCCUCAGGCAUGUCCUCAGUCUCACAGCGCCUCCUCAGGCAUUUCAAAUGCUGCGGCAGCAACAGUUCCUCAGACUGGGCGGCCAGCGAGUGGAUCCGCUCCCAGGCCGGUCAGGGCAGGCUGGUCCCAGACAGCUGCUGUAAGACCCCCACCCCCAUGUGCGGAGAGAGAGACCACCCCUCCAACAUCUACAAGGUGGAGGGCGGCUGUAUAACGAAGCUGGAGAGGUUUAUCCUGGAGCACCUGAAGAUCAUCGGAGCAGUGGGCGUCGGGAUCGCCUGUGUCCAGGUGAUCGGGAUGGUGUUCACCUGCUGCCUGUACAAGAGCCUGAAGGUGGAGCCGUACUAA